UAGAGAGUAAUCUGCAGCAUUAUCGAUGACUGACUGCUCGUAUACAUAUCACCCACCUCCCACCCGUUUCUCGAUUAUCAUUUCGAGAAUCAACAAUUGCAAUAAGUGCCUCAAAGGAGCAAUCUUACGACCAUAACCUCAAUUCCUACUUCAUCUGAUCAUCAGCACUAGAUCAUGUCGAACCCAAACCUCAUGGAUAUCGAGCCCGGUGGUGAAAAUACCCAGUAUGAGUCGAUUCGGUAUUUUACAGAGACCCCGAAGAAGCAGACGGGUCAACUAGGUGGUCACUGCGAGCACACGAGGAGUGAAUAUAAUCCGAUUCUCGGAGACGAUGAUGUCAAAGACAAUGAGCAAUUUCGAGAUACCCCGCUGGCGAGGCAGCUCGAGAAAGGGGAAGCUACGUCGGGACUUUCGGGCGUCGUGGAUAAAGAUUCGAAGCCUGAGACCCCAGAGGAGGCUGCCGCGCUGGCGGCGAAGAUCAGGAGAGAACAGGGAUAUGGGCCUGGCUCGGGUGUUGGGGCUUAGGGUGCCACGAUAUAAGGGAGCAGAACUAGGGUAAUGAACAUAAUUUCCAAAUCGAAAAGGCGUUUGCUUUAUUUAUUGAGAAGCGGAUGGGCUGGAGGAGGUUGAUUUCGGCGGGUUAGGUAGGCUCUCAGUACCCAGGGCCGGGCUUCUGCGGGCACGUUUGAGGCUCUCCAGGGUCACGCCGUUGCCGAGUUUUGUGAUUCCGACCACUGGGGGCUCGCCCUUCUUCACGAAUUCCCAAAGUC